CGGCAAUCCUGACAAAGAAAUAUCAGGAAAAAUUUGAGAGAAGCAGAGAGCAAUACUUUGAGAUUAGGUAAUAAUAAUAUUGCUAGAAGGGGUUUUUCUCCCGCUUCUCGAUUCUCUCAGUCUCAGCACGUAAGCAAACCCAGAAAAAAACAAUUGUUGAUUAAUGGCUGCUCAUUGAAUCUCCGCUUCUUCUAAUUCUCCUCCUGUUUAUUGAAUUCUGAUGUCUAAUCAACUGUACAGUUUUUGCUGAUAUUGUUGCCUUAUUAAGAAACUCAGCAGAUUUUGAGAUUUUGUGAUUCAAUGUCUACUUCGAGUAGCAUUUGUGUCUUCUGUGUUAAUUUUUCUAUGUCAGUUUAGGAAGUUAGGUCGGCGAAAUGAGUACAAAGUUCUGAUUUUGAGCAAUCUUCUUGUCCUUAAUAGAUUUCUGGUUUACGCAGCCUUGUAGUUGAUAAGAACAACGUUCUUCUUUGGUCCAAGUUCUUGAUUUCGACAAAAAAUUAAAAUUCUCAUAAUUGAUCCAUUCAAUUUGACAACCUCUCUUUGCUCUUAUUACAGGAAAAACAAAAUUAUAAAUAUAGUUUCAGGCGUCAUUUGAGUGGGAUUCUUUCUGCUGAGAGUUUUUUUUUUUUUUUGGGAAAUCAAAUGCCGGAGGAAGAUUUGGUAGAACUUAAAUUCCGGUUAUAUGACGGUUCAGAUGUUGGCCCGUUUCAGUACUCUCCAACCGCCACAGUCGCAAUGCUCAAGGAGAGAAUCGUCUCUGAGUGGCCUAAAGACAAGAAGAUUGUUCCGAAAUCAGCUAGUGACAUCAAGUUGAUAAAUGCUGGUAAGAUUUUGGAGAAUGGUAAAACUGUUGCACAGUGUAAAGCUCCAUUUGAUGAUCUCCCUAAAUCUGUCAUUACAAUGCAUGUUGUGGUGCAACCGGCUCCAACAAAAGCCAGACCAGAGAAGAAAAUCGAAGAGGAAGAAGCCCCACAGAGAAGCUUUUGCUCAUGUACGAUAAUGUGAGAACAAGUCCCAAGUCUAAAGUCUGGAAAAGACUCAAGUUUUGCGUCUAUUGUGGGUUUUGCUAGAAGAGUCUCAAAAACAUAAAUUACCAUUUUCACGCUUCUUAUUUUAUAUUCAUCACAAGUUCAAAGAAAGCUUCAUCAAUGGCGUUAUAAAGCUCUUCUAUUGAAGUUUGUGAUGAAACGUGAAAACUCUUGUUCAGAGCAUUCUUAUAUAAAAGAUUAAGAGUUUUUUUUUCCUUUCUGUU